AUGGGAAAAUCAUCCAAGGAUAAACGUGAUAUUUAUUAUCGAUUAGCAAAAGAGCAAGGUUGGCGAGCUCGUAGUGCAUUUAAGUUAUUACAAAUUGACGAAGAAUUUAAUAUAUUUGAAGGCGUUCAACGUGCAGUUGAUUUAUGUGCUGCACCAGGCAGUUGGUCUCAAGUUUUGUCAAAAAAGCUAAAGUAUGUUCACAUAUUUAAAAUCAUUGAACAAAAAUCAAAAAUGAUCAACAAAUAUCUUUAUGACAGUGAAAUUCGUCCAGAAGAUGCUCCGUUACCAAAGAUUGUUGCCGUAGAUCUGCAAGCAAUGGCACCUCUUGAAGGUGUAAUUCAGAUUCAAGGAGACAUUACAAAAGUAUCUACUGCAGAACAAAUUGUUUCACGUUUUGAAGGAGAGUUGGCUGACCUUGUUGUCUGUGAUGGUGCACCUGAUGUGACUGGCCUUCAUGAUAUGGAUGAAUAUAUUCAAGCACAAUUAUUACUUUCAGCUUUAAAUAUCACAACUAAUAUACUGAAACCUGGUGGAACUUUUGUGGCAAAAAUUUUUCGCGGUAAAGAUGUCACUCUAUUAUAUGCUCAACUUAAAAUCUUUUUUCCAACCGUUACUUGCAGCAAGCCAAGAAGCUCAAGAAACUCCAGUAUUGAAGCAUUUAUUGUUUGUCAAAAUUAUACACCACCCAAAGAUUAUAAACCAACAAUGAUAGAUCCUUUGCUUGAUUUAUCAUACGGAUCAGGAAAUGAACUUUUGGGCCCAAAUCGUGUGAUCGUGCCAUUCAUAGCCUGUGGUGAUUUAAGUGGAUUUGAUUCAGACAUGACUUACCCGCUUGAGAAAAAAAGUUUGGAUCCUUUACAACCUCCAAUAAGUGCACCUUAUCGGACUGCUAUUAAUUUGAAGCAAAAUAAUUUUUAUAACAAAAUUUCAUAA